AUGUCUGAGGAAACUGUCACAACUCCAGUGACUCCCAAAAUGAGUGGCUUGGCUUUGACCGAGUACUCCGCCGCGCCCACUCCUCCAUCCGAGCGCUCUGAGCGUAUCCCCGGUGUGCCUCCCAAUUGGGGCAUCCCGGAGGCCUUCCUGCUUCCAAACGGGUAUCCAGACUAUCUCAGAUUGAUUCUCACCUCCCGAGUAUACGACGUGAUCGACGAAAGCCCUCUCACUCAUGCCGUCAAUCUCAGCAAUCGACUCGAAAGCCGAGUUCUCCUUAAGCGAGAAGACUUGCUACCCGUCUUCAGCUUCAAGCUUCGUGGCGCCUACAAUAAGAUGGCCCACCUGAACCAAGAACAGCGUUGGAAGGGUGUGGUGGCUUGCUCCGCUGGCAAUCACGCUCAAGGAGUUGCUUAUUCGGCUCGACACCUGCGCAUUCCCGCGACCAUUGUGAUGCCCGAGGGUACACCGGCUAUUAAGCACUUGAAUGUCGCUCGCCUUGGAGGCAGUGUCGUCCUCCACGGCAACGACUUCGAUGCUGCCAAGGAAGAGGCACACCGAUUGGAGAAGCAGCACGGCUUGACCAACAUCCCUCCAUUCGACGACCCCUAUGUUAUUGCUGGUCAGGGUACCAUUGGUAUGGAGUUGCUGCGCCAGGCAAACUUGGAGAAGUUGGAGGCAGUAUUUUGCGGCGUCGGCGGCGGCGGCCUCAUCGCCGGUAUCGGUGUGUACUUGAAGCGCAUUGCCCCUCACGUCAGAAUCAUUGGAGUCGAAGCCCAUGAAGCCAAUGCCAUGGCCCAGUCUCUGCAUGGCGGUGAACGUGUCCUCCUCAAGGAAGUUGGGCUUUUUGCAGACGGUGCGGCUGUCAAGACUGUAGGCGAGGAGACUUGGCGGGUUAGCCGGGAGGUCAUCGAUGAAGUAGUCCAGGUCUCCACCGACGAGAUCUGUGCUGCCAUCAAAGAUGUCUUCGAAGACACCCGGUCUGUCAUCGAGCCUGCUGGGGCACUUAGUCUCGCAGGACUGAAGAAGUGGUGCUCCAGAAACCCCAGCCCUGACCCCGGCCGCGAGCUCGUCGCGGUGACGUCCGGUGCCAACAUGGAUUUCGACAGACUGCGUUUUGUCGCUGAGCGUGCUGCUCUUGGUGAGAAAAAGGAGGCUCUCCUGAGUGUCAAUAUCCCCGAAAAGCCCGGUGCCUUCUUCAAGCUUGUCGAAGUCAUUCUACCUCACGCGGUGACUGCGUUCAGCUACCGCUAUGCUCGUGAUGAGUCGGCCGACGUGCUCAUGGGAAUUUCAUUGUCUGCCCAAACGGGGCGCGAUGAUCUCAUGAAGAUCAUGGGUGAUCUGGAACAUGCUGGUAUGUCCGUUCGGGACUUGAGCGACGAUGAAUUGGCCAAGCGUCACGUCCGCUUCAUGGUGGGAGGCCGUUCCGACGUCGCCGACGAGCGUCUCUUCAUGUUCGAGUUCCCUGAGCGACCUGGUGCGCUCGCGAAAUUCUUGACCACGCUUCGCCCCAGUCAGAACAUCUCUCUCUUCCACUACCGCAAUUACGGCGGUGACGUGGGUAAGGUCCUUGCGGCUAUUCAGUGCCCAGCUGAGGAGAAAGACGGUUUGGAGUCUUUCUUGAGAGACUUGGGAUAUCCUUUCAGCGAGCAUACUGACUCGCCUACAUACCGCACUUUCCUCCGCUCUUAA